GGAAUAACUAAUUUCUCUGUAGAAAAAGCUGAAAUAACGCCCCUGAUUGAUGCCCUCACUCCCUGCAAUGCUCAGUGACAUGGCAUGUUUAACUGUCACGGUCAGUUUUCUUACAGACAUGAGUUGUUGUGGAAAAUGGAAAUACGCAUCCUCAAAUUCCCUGCAAUACAGAUUUUUCGACAGAUGCAAUGAAAAAGCCGUUAUAUUGUCUUUCCAAGUGGUUUGCUCGUACAGUUGCGGACAUUUCCAACUGGUACAUCACGAAUCAGUCGAAUUUAGUACCCGUUCUUUUCGUGUUCGCGUUGGAUUUCCUGUCUAGUGCGUAGUGAGGCUGAGCGCAGUCGGCUGUGCUUCAAUCUAACAGACGCACCUACGAUUCUGUUUGCUGUGAAUUGUGAGAUCAGAGAGGAGUGAUCAGUUGCCAUCAUCAUGCUAUACGAUUCUAAAUAUGCGUCCCAAGUGCGGAAGUUCUUGCGAGACCUAAAAAUUAAUGACCUGGAAGUUACUGCAUCAACUGCGAUAAAGGGAAAUGCCGAAGCGAAGACAAGGGCAAUAGACACCAUCCUAAGAAACACAGAUGACCUGGACCGGUUGUUUUCUUAUCGGCGAAUAACAACUGAUAUACUGUUCGAUUACCUCAUCAAAUUAAAAGGGAAAAAUAGAAAAAUAGAGCUCUCAAGGAAAACAAAAAGGGAAGAAAUUAUUUCAAUCAUUAAAGGUAUCUGG